CACGUUACAACCGUUCGAAGUCAGGAUGGUUUGACAUGGCUAUAUUUGAGGAAUGGUUUUGCACAACGCUUCUGCCAUGGGCAAGGGCUUUAGACGGUCCCAAAGUAGUUAUCGGCGACAACGUUUCGUCGCAUUUCAGCAAGAAUGUUUUUGAGCUUUGUGCCGAAAAUGACAUUAAAUUUGUCUGUCUUCCGCCAAAUGCCACUCACUUACUGCAACCACUUGACGUCGCCUUUUUUGCUCCUUUGAAAACUGCAUGGAGGAAUAUUUUGAACGAGUGGAAACAGAAGUCCCGCAACAGGACAUUGACAUUGCCGAAACCAAACUUCCCAGAACUCCUUAAGUCUCUUUUAGAGUCAAUUGAAGGAAACCGCGAGCGAAAUCUGGUUGCGGCUUUUAAGGCUGCGGGAAUUCACCCUCUUGACCGAAACCAAGCCCUGAAGAGGAUUCCGGGUGCACUGCCGUCUCCUUCCAGAGAGCAGGUGUAG